CUACUUACGAGUAUUGGCAGCAUGCCGGUUUCGGCAUGGAGCAGCAAUUUCCCAUGCCUAACUUCGGGUGGCGUCCCCGUAUGGAUGAGCCAGAGGGUGAGGGACAUAUGUCGACGGGGUCCGGAUCACGAUCCUUCUGGUCCAGUGCUCACGAUCAGGACGAAACACAGCAGAGCUAUCAAGACUGGAUUUCAAGUCAACAGCAAACUCCACCUCCAGAUCCCACGCAGUACAGUCAGCACGAGCAGGGGUACAUGCUUCCUCCCCGACAUCGCCAGCCACCUGUUCGUAUGUACUCGCCGUCACCUUUUCAGGCUCGACCGCCACCGAGGCGAGGUGGAGCGAGGGGCCGUGGUCAGUGAGAUGAGUACUAUUUGUAUGCACCAUGUAUGAGUACUAUUUGUAUGCACCAUGUAUGACUACUAUUUGUAUGCGCCAUGUAUGACUACUA